GUAAAGCAUAGAAGGGGCAGAGGACCACGUUCGCUCCCUAUUCACUGCCGCCUCGUCCCUAUACCUCUCAUAUACAUCAUCCUGAGCGGUUCAUUCCCUGACAAACCCCUUCUAUCAUCGCACACCUCUGUCCUGAGUGCAAGGAUCUAUUGGUUCAUCCAUCCGUCCAUCCGUCCUCUCGCACUGUCUCCCCCAUUGCCUUGACCUCAUUCCGUCCCCAGGAGGACGCUUCUUCCCCGGCGGCUGAGCUCAGAGGUCCCCCCCUGAGAGACGACAUGGAGGAGAUCCAGAGGCAGCUGACUCAGCGGUAUGAAGGCGCCAAGCAUAGGAAGGUGCGGUUCAAGCUGGCGUCGUCGUACAGCGGCCGCGUGCUGAAGCACGUGUACGAGGACGGCCAGGAGGUGGACAGCCCCGAGGAGAAGUACCCCCACAGCUUCCUCCACCGCAAGCUCCCCCCCAGCCACCUGGAGCUGGAGCAGCUGUGUGGCUUCCAGGAGCCCCCCCCCGAGGACCAGCCGGGUGUGUACCCUCCCACCGGGGUGAUCGCCCAGCGCAUCAACGUCUACCGGGGGAUGGCUGGCUACAAGCCUGCUGUGUCCCAGGGCGACGGGACUCAGGGGGACCCCGAUUCCUCAGUGCUGGACUUUGGCAAGAUCAUCAUCUACACCAGCAACCUGCGCAUCAUCCGGGCCCCCCGGCAGAGGACCCCGGAUGCGGCCCCCCAGAGUAGCCCCGAGGCGCCACCGAGACGGGGCGGGGCCGGCCCGGAGCCCCGCCCCCACAGCAGCAGGAGGAGGAGAUCCAGGAGGUCUCCGUCGUCUCCCCGCGACGGGGGGGAGACGGAGAGGGGGAAGGAGAGGGGGUGUAUGUGUGUGUGUGUCCUGUGUGUGUGUGUGUGUGUGUGCGUGCAGGAGGUGGCCAGCGGCUGCCAGCAGUGCGGCGGCUCCGGCCGGGCGGCCUGCUCCCUGUGCCACGGCAGCAAGCUGUCCUCGCUGGCCAACCGCUUCCACGGGUCCAUCAGCGACCUGCGCUGCCAGGCCUGCUACCCCCACGGCCUGGAGCCCUGCCAGGCCUGCACCGCCACUGCCAAGUAGCA